GACUUCGUCGCCGCAAUCGGUGAAUUCAUGGGCACGACCAUGUUUCUGUUCUUCGCCUUUGCCGGAACACAAGUCGCCAACAUCGGCGCGGAAAGCAAUGACGCGCAGACAACGACCAACGCAGAUACAGGAUUCAGUCCCAUCGUGCUGCUCUACAUUGCCCUCUCCUUCGGUUUCAGUCUGAUGACCAACGUGUGGAUCUUCUUCCGCAUUUCAGGUGGAAUGUUCAACCCAGCCGUGACGCUCGCCAUGGUGAUGGUCAAGGCCGUUACCAUUGUUCGUGGUCUCCUCCUUGUGGCAUCACAACUUCUUGGCGCCAUCUUCGCCUCGUACGUGGUCUCGGUCCUCUUCCCGACGACGUUCAACGUGCGAACCACGCUGUCCAAAGGAACAUCCGUCACACGAGGUGUCUUUAUCGAAGCAAUGCUCACCGCCGAGCUCAUCUUUGCCAUCUACAUGUUGGCCAACGAAAAGCACAAGGCCACAUUCAUGGCUCCCAUCGGUAUUGGCAUGGCGCUGUUCAUCGCCGAGAUGGUCGGCGUGUACUACACUGGUGGUUCUCUCAAUCCAGCACGCUCGUUCGGACCUUGCGUCGUCUCCGGAGUAUGGGACGCAGAGCAUUGGAUUUACUGGCUCGGACCAGGGUGUGGUGCCGUCUUGGCGUGGGGAUUCUACCGCGUCAUCAAGAUGCUAGAGUACGAGAUGGCCAACCCCGGACAAGAAGCAUCGAGCAAACACGAAGCCGCCGCCGAGCAAGAAGCGGUCGAGGCCGACUUGGCCGACAUGACGCCGAAGAAGGAGGAAGUUUGA